AAGAGUUCCACUUCCGGCAGACGGUUUCGAGAAUACGUUUUUAACAAGGACGAUUUAUCCCGAGUCACAAAAUAACGAACUACACUUUAACAGAUUACAACAGAACCAAAAUGAAUGAUACAGUUGAAGGAAUUUUGAAGACUUUUUCCAACAUAGGGACAAAUUCAACCAGUGUUGAGAACUCGACGGCAGCAGUCACAAAAUGGAGUAAACCUUGGAUGAUAUCAGUUUUCAUUAUGUUAAUGGUUUUAAUCUGCGUCGGCAACUGUAUAGUGCUCGUGGCAUACUGCCGAGUGAAAAGAUUACGCACAAGUAACAGUGUUAUGAUGGUACAAUUAACAGUUACGGACCUAGUUGCUGGGCUGACCCUCAUCUUUCAUGCAGCUACGGUAUCGUACGAUUACUUAUUUGAGGACAUUUAUAUUUGUACCUUAUGGUAUGCUCUCGUAUUUUUCCCCGGCAUGGCAUCAGUUCUGUCGCUUUUCAUGAUUACAGUAGACAGAUAUUUUGCCAUAAUAUACCCACUAAAGCAUAUGUCACGCAACAAAAAAGCGUGGUUCGUUGGUGUGGCUCUCUCAAUAUGGAUUCCAGCAUUUGUUCUUGGAUUUGUCAUGCCGAUUUUCUGGCAUAAGGAUUGGUCAUUUGAAAAGGACAAAGAGUGUGAAUUGUCCUUGGUCAUCCCGGAGAUCUACAUAAGUUGGGUCCUUGUACCAUUUUUCGUAUUUAACGCCGCAGGGAUACUCUUCAUGUACAUUAAAAUCGAGCAUGCGCAAAUACAUUCAUUGUCACAUGACAAGCACAAAAUUGCUAAACUAUCACGCACGGUUGCUCUUGUGUUGGCGUGCUUUUUCACGUGUUGGACACCUAUUAUAGUAAUGCUCGGCGUUCAUAGUUACACUUUCAUGAACUAUAAUCCUCUCACAUUGAAGAUUCGAUUGGCGCUUGUUCAGCUGACGGUUCUGAACUCUGCGGUGAAUCCUGUUAUUUACGUGAUCAGAUACCAGCAGUUUAGGAAGACGUUUCUAGAGGCUGUUGGCAGUAAGAGGGUCCGUCCUGCCUCGAAGGUUACAGAGUCCAGUGCUCUGUGAUGCGCUGUCUCAUAAAGGAGAAGUCAGGAUUGAGCCUUUGCGCAUGCGUGCUGCAACCUCGGAUAAGAGAGAUGCACUUUUCCUCCGAACAUUAACUCUCUUUUUAGUGACAUUAACUUUAUAGACAUUUACCAUAUUUGCAAGGUUCUAACCUAGUCUAAAAAUCAAAAUAUGCUAAUUAAUAUGGCGAAAGAAGGACGAUUUUUUAACUAGUGUGUAGCCGUGUGUGCGUGUCCCCGCACAUGUAUUAUUUUUCUUUCACAAAAUGUCCAUUGGAUAUGAAUAGAUGGUGCUGAAAGCAUGAAAAAUUCCCAUAAGUAAAAGAGUAAGAUGUGGAUUGAAGAUUUGUCUCUGGAAUUAAUCUAAUCUUAGCUCUUCCUAAAUGCGGAGUUUAUUUUCUAUUCGAUUGUUAUGUACUAUACCACCAAUUUCUAUUAUUUUUUAUAUUGCUAUGGUAAUAAAUUCAUGCUUUUUAA